GGGCGCCAAGCAGGGAUGAGAGUGGAAAUGGAAAAUCUCGUCCACCAGGGUUCGUUUCGCGAAAAAGGGCAAGGCAGCAAGCAGCACCUGCACUGCACCGGAAACGGAAGCGUCCGAGGGCCGAGCCGCGAGCGCGCGCGCAUGCGUGGCACGCACCCCUCCCGCCAGGCGCCCGCCCCGCUCGCCACCUUCCCAGCUCUCUCCAUCACCCCUUUCCGCUCCCCACUUCCUCCCCCAGUCCCCCGCCAGGCGCCAGGCCGCCAGCCUCGCCGCCACGGCAGACGCCCCGCGCCGCCCCGCGAAUCUCGGAGAAAAGCCUUGCAGGUUUUGGGACACGGCACGACGAUGGUGGGGGUCGGGGUGGAGUCGCCGGCGCCGCACGCGGCGCGCAUGUUGAGGCCUGGGAGGGUCUCCGCCAAGCGGUCCUGGCCGCCCGGGUGCGGCCGUCCCCCGCCUGCGCCCCCGCCCGCACCGGCCCCCGCGGCCGCGGCCGGCGAUGGGGAGAACGGCGUGGAUGGCGGCGCCGGCGUCCUGAGCGGCAGAGCGGGUGAGGCGAUCGCCCCUGCCGCCGUUUCGCCUCCGUCCCAGAACGGCUCCCUGCUUCGGCAGCAGGGCUCGGGGAAUAAGGGGGAGGAGGCGGUCGGCCCCGCCGCCGUUUCACCCGUUGCCCAGAACGGCGCCCUGCCUCGGCAGCAGGGGAUGGAUAAGAUGGAGGAGGCGGUCGGCCCCGCCGUUGCUUCAACUGUGACUCAGAAGGACGACAUGCCUCCGCAGCCGGGGUCUAAUAAGGUUGAGGAGGCGGCUGCCCCCGCUGCUGUUUCACCUGCGGUUCAGAACGGCGACCUGCCUCAGCAGCAGGGGUCUGAUAAGGUCCAGGAAGCUGCCGCUUUAGCUGCAGCGCAGAAUGGGGCCCCUCAUCAGCAGGUGCGAAACAAGGUGGAGGAGCUGGUUGUUCCUGCAGCUGCUUCGCCUGCCGCAUGCAACGGCUCCCGCUCGCAUGCCAUGCCUCAGUUGGGUCCUCAGAGGGCAGGGGAGGAUGGAGACAAGGGGGAGAAUAAAGAGGCACAAUUGCUGAGUGAUGCAGGCGUGCUGUCGUUGGAUGGUCAGGAGGGGAACAGGGUGUUUGAGGUGGCUGCACCACCGGUAAAGGUACUGGAGAGUUGUGGCAUUGUUGGUGCUGCUAGUUCUGCGCAGAAUGGUGGUGACGGUGCUGUUUGUUUGGCAGUCAAGGAGCAGGGAGAUGGUGGCAGUGCCAAGGUGGGGAGGGAGGAGGUUGCUGCUGAUGGGGAUGCCAUGGAAAUGGGAAACAGAACAGGUGGUGGUGAUUUAGAGAGGAAGGAAAAUGGAGUUGCAGGAAGUAGAGCAAAGAGAUGGUUGACGUCCGCUGUGAAUCCACCACCCAAGAAUAGGGCGGUCUCAGCAGUACGCAAAUUUCCACCUGGCUGUGGGAGGACUGCUGUUACCACCAAAGGCAGUGGAGUUUUGGAGGUCUCACCCGUACAGACAUUUCCUUCUGGCUGCAGAAGGUCUGCUGUUACUAUUACAGACAGUGGAGAUCAAGAGGGUUUGCUGUUAGAAGCCACACCUGUCACUAGCAGUGACACCAUGGUGUCAAUUCCAGUUUUAGGUGGGGCUGCUGCUUCAACAUUAGCACAAGAGGCCUCUAAUGAGAAAUUGGAAGGCAAGAGAAUGGUGGAUGAAGGUCAUAACUGGGCUCAUAAUAGAGUCCAAGUUCUAGAUGAUUUUGUUGGUACUGAACAAGAUGGUGACCUGCAGCUAAAUGUUGUCGCAAAAGCUACACUGGGAAAUAGUUCCAAUGAGAAGAUGAAGGGGACACACUCACCGCAUGAAGGGAAGCAUGUAGCACGGGUAGUGGUGGAUGAUAAGAUGAAAAAUAAACUUGAAGGAAGCUUCAAUAGGAGUACUCUUAGGACACCUUUGAGUGAUCCCAUUGAUGCAAAAACAAAAGGAAAGAGUUUGGAGAGUGACGAGACAACUGUGGCAUUGCUUUGUGAUGCAAAGGCCUGUGUGGCAGAGAAGAUGCAAAGUAAGACUUUGAGCACUAAAAAAGAAGUGACAUGCUCAAAUGUGAAAGUAAAGCAAAACAAGGUUGCUCGUAAGCUGAAGGGUGAUGGUAUAGGCAAGGGCAACUUACAUAGGUCCGAUAGGGAGUCCAAGUUUGGAAAACAUGUUGGAACCAAUCAAAUUGAAGAAAAUAAUGGUCUGAACCUUGUGCCUGACCAACUAAUUGUUCAAGCAUUGAUGGCUCCUGACAGAUGCCCUUGGUCACGAGGAAGAAAGUCUGUUGCUAGGGCUUCCAAAUCCCUUCCUCGUAUGAAUAAGCUUAAGGGACAAUAUUCUACUCCAAGAAAAUUAUUGACAGGAAAAGUGGCCUCCAGUGAACCGAUCAACGAUGAGACAAUGGAGGACAAUGACAAUUCUAACCUGGAAGAUGAUGACAACUCCAAGGCGCUAGUCAUGUAUGGAGAAAAGCGAGAAAUAUGUGUUACGGUUCCUCCAUCUGUUCCUGAUGACUCCAAGGCGCUAGUCGUGUAUGGAGAAAAGCGAGAAAUAUGUGUCACGGUUCCUCCAUCUGUUCCUUUUGGGUCACACCAUAGGCAACUUGGGGACCAUGAUGUGGAUGCUCGAAGCAAAGUUAGGAAGUUGCUCCAAUUGUUCCAGGCAAUAUGUCGAAAGCUUAUGCAAGUUGAGGAACAAGGUAUUCGCAGUGUUGGGAGGAUUGACUUAGAAGCAAUGUAUGCUUUAAAGAAAGACCCUAUCUAUAAAAAGCUUGGGGCCAUUGUGGGAAAUGUUCCUGGUGUUGAAGUUGGCGAUGAAUUUCAUUUUAGAGUUGAGCUAUCUAUAGUUGGUCUCCAUCGCCCGAAUCAAGCAGGUAUUGACACUUCUAAGGUGAAUGGUGUUCUAGUUGCUAUAAGUAUUGUUGCUUCUGGAGGCUAUCCUGAUGAGCUAUCAAGCUCAGAUGAACUAAUAUACACUGGCUCCGGAGGAAAGGCUGGCGGCAAUAAAGAUGCAGACGAUCAAAAGCUGGAACGGGGUAAUCUCGCUUUGAAGAAUUGCAUAGAAACCAAGACCCCGGUUCGAGUGAUUCAUGGGUUCAAAGGUCAAACUAAAAGCAAACUUGGUCCAUCUAGAGGCAAGCAAACCUCGACUUUUAUUUAUGAUGGGUUGUACGAGGUGGUGGAAUGUUGGAAAGAAGGCCCGAAAGGUGAGAUGGUCUUCAAGUACAAGCUACGGAGGAUUGCAGGACAACCAGAAUUAGCCCUUCACACAGUCAAGGCGACGAGGAAAUCCAAAGUUCGUGAAGGUCUUUGUUUGCCUGAUAUAUCUCAGGGAAGCGAGAGGAUACCCAUAUGUGUCAUCAACACAAUUGAUGACAUGAGGCCAGCGCCAUUUAAAUACAUCACCAAGGUCAUAUAUCCAACUUGGUAUGAAAAAGAACUUCCAGCGGGUUGUGACUGCACAAAUGGCUGCUCGGACUCUAUUAGAUGUGCUUGUGUGGUGAAGAAUGGAGGGGAAAUCCCAUUCAAUUUCAAUGGUGCAAUCGUCGAGGCCAGGCCUCUCAUAUAUGAAUGCGGUCCAUCGUGCAGGUGCCCUCCAUCAUGCCACAAUAGGGUGAGUCAGCAUGGUAUCAAAAUUCCACUAGAAAUUUUCAAGACCGGUAAGACAGGUUGGGGUGUAAGAUCCCUCAGUUCUAUAUCUUCAGGCAGUUUCAUAUGCGAGUAUACCGGUGAGCUCUUGGAAGAUGGAGAAGCUGAAAAGAGACAGAAUGAUGAGUAUCUAUUUGAUAUUGGUAGUAACUACCAUGAUGAAGAACUUUGGGAGGGGCUAAAAUCAGUGGUUGGUGUACAAUCUUCUACCUUGUCCUCCAAGACAAUGGAAGGCUUCACAAUAGAUGCAGCUGAGUGGGGUAAUGUGGGAAGAUUCAUCAACCAUAGUUGUUCACCGAACCUCUAUGCCCAAAAUGUUCUCUGGGACCAUGAUGACAUGAGGAUGCCACAUGUUAUGUUUUUUGCUGUUGAGAAUAUCCCGCCACUACAGGAGCUGACCUACCAUUAUAAUUAUAAGGUAGGUGAGGUCCAUGACAAGAAUGGCAAUGAGAAGGUUAAAAAUUGCUACUGCGGCGCCUCUGAUUGCUUUGGCAGGCUCUACUAGGACGUUGCUGACUGCUGUUAAUUUUCGUGGCAAAGACUUCUGCCAUGCCAUUGCUGUACCCUCUUAUUCUUCAGUUCAUCUCGUACUUAUCUGCAUUCUGAUGUUUACACUUAGUAUCCAAUAGAUAAAAAUGUGAUCAUAUUUUGAAGAGAUUGAGCAGCAUUUGUUCUUGUUCUCAUCUUGUAGAGGACAUUCCGGUCCGUUGUACUGUGUUUCAAACUUUUAAUGAAGUUUGCAUGGAGCUUCUUUUUGUGAU